UUACUUGGUUGAGACUCUUCAGAAAUAUUUUAUAUUUUCCAGGUUUAUUUUCUUUCCACUGGCUGGAGGUCCCUGAACGGGUCUCCGGCUCCUUUAACCUGAUUAGCCUGCUAGCAGCGCAGCCUGUGACGGUCCCCCACCCACCAUGUGACCGACGGGCAGACCGGAGCUGCCGCUGCUUCCUCCGGUGACGUCGGGCCGUAAAGGCGGCAGACAGGAGCGGAUCGGCGGGGCACAGCUGCUGAGCGGCACCUGCGGACCCGACGGCCCGUUGUGUGGAUUAAUCGAUCACUGAUCAGAGCGGGGCGGAUUGACGGACUGCCGAGCGGCGGUUUAGCGGUUUCGGAUGGAGGGGGGAUGCGUUGCCUAGAAACAGAGACAGGACCCAGGGUGGAAACAGGCCGAGCGUCACUGCAAGUUUAGGAUGAGCCUGUAAGUCCGCACUCAGGGAAAAGCAGCCGUCAUGCCGUGUACCUGUGCAGAGUGGAGGAGAUGGAUCCGUCCGCUGGUUCUGGUUCUGUACGCCCUCCUGCUGGUGGCCGUGGUGCCGCUGUGCGUCUGGGAGCUCCAGAAGGACAAGGUCGGGACUCACAGUAAAGCCUGGUUCAUAGCCGGAGUGUUCGUGUUCCUCACAAUCCCCAUUUCCCUGUUGGGGAUCCUGCAGCACAUGGUGCACUACACCCAGCCGGAGCUGCAGAAACCCAUCAUCAGGAUCCUGUGGAUGGUGCCCAUCUACAGUUUGGACAGCUGGCUGGCCCUGCGCUACCCCAGCCUGGCCAUCUACGUGGACACGUGCAGGGAAUGCUACGAGGCCUUCGUCAUCUACAACUUCCUGGUGUUCCUGCUCAACUUCCUGAGCAACCAGUACCCGAGCCUGGUGCUGAUGCUGGAGGUGCAGCAGCAGCAGCCGCACCUGCCGCCGCUCUGCUGCUGCCCGCCGUGGCCCAUGGGAGAGGUGCUGCUGUUCCGGUGCAAGCUGGGAGUCCUGCAGUACACCGUGGUCCGACCCGUUACCACGGUGAUAGCCCUCAUCUGCCAGCUCUGUGGUGUUUAUGAUGAAGCCAACUUCAGCUUCAGAAACGCCUGGUCCUACCUGGUUAUAGUCAACAACAUUUCCCAGCUGUUCGCCAUGUACUGCCUGGUUCUGCUGUACAAAGCCCUCAGAGACGAGCUGACUCCCAUCAGGCCUGUGGGGAAGUUCCUCUGCGUCAAACUGGUGGUGUUUGUCUCGUUCUGGCAGGCGGUUUUUAUAGCGUUCCUGGUGAAAGUGGGAGUGAUUUCUGACAAACACACCUGGGACUGGGACAGCGUGGAGGCCGUAGCCACUGGACUGCAGGAUUUUAUCAUCUGCAUAGAAAUGUUCCUUGCUGCUAUCGCUCACCACUACACCUUUACCUACAAACCCUACGUCCAGGAAGCAGAGGAAGGUUCGUGCUUCGACAGUUUUCUGGCCAUGUGGGAUUUCUCAGACAUCAGAGCUGAUGUAACUGAGCAGGUCCGCCAUGUUGGUCGUACUUUCCUGGGACGUCCCAACAAGAUGUACUUCGGCGCAGCGGCUCGACCCGAGCACACUGAGCACACCGGCCUGCUGAACUCCACCUCCCAGGAUGCCGUCGUUGCCGCGGCGACCUCCAUGCCCUCCUCCCCGUCUUCAGUGGGUCGGUACCAGGGCCUGGGCCACACCACCGCCCCUCACUCCAUCUCCGCCCCGGCAGGUUUCACGUCGUCGUCCUGGGAGGACGACAGCGACUGCACGCCUCCGCAGCCGGGACAUUAACAGAUCUAAACUCUGAAUCUACGAUAGAAAACUGAAACAGAGCGAACCCACUCUGAGGUCAAAGCCAUGUUUGUUCAGAAGCUGGUAUUAUUUUAAGGUGAAGAUGUAAACGUUUGUAAUCUGUAUUUUGCUGUGGUUUUGAUAAAUGUCUGAGGGAAGCUGCUUGUUGUUUCAGUUUUGUGCUUCAUAAUGUUGAAUCCUUCAGAAAGUUUAAACUGUUUGUCCAACUCAAAUAAAAACAUAAAAACACCUGAA